AUGGUUCCCAGUGUGUGUGGUGUGUCUCUUGCUGUGGUGGUGGUGUUGGUGACCCUGGUGUCUCCUGGUGGUGCCUGCCCUCGGCCCUGCUCCUGCUACCAGCCCACUGAACUACACUGCACCUUCAGGUCCCUGCUCACCAUACCACAGCCUCUACCGCAACACACACUACACAUCAACCUAGGGUAAGGCUUGCGCACAAAUGCACACACACACACACACACACAAAGGCAUUCCAUUGGCUGAUGCUGUUUCUCUCUGGUAUCUGAUAGGUUCAACAGUAUCAACAGGAUCCCAGACAGCUCAUUGGCCGGUCUGAGGAGGCUGGAGCUGCUGAUGCUUCAUGGGAAUGACAUCUGUGAGAUUCCUGAUGAAGUGUUCCAAGAUCUGUCCUCCCUUCAGGUACUGAGGCUUAUAGAGUUGCCAUGGAGAGGAGAGGGGUCGAAUGAGCUAAUAAUUGGAAGCAAAUGUCCAUAGUUCUAUUGAGCUUAGACACACUCUGCUAUUGUAUUGUGUUAUUGUGUUCAUUUGACUCACAUUGAUGUGUAUGUAGGAGUGCUGGAGGAGUUUAUACCAUGUAUUUUCAAUUAUCAUACAUCCCUCUCUUCCCCCCAGGUCCUGAAGCUGAGCUAUAACAAGCUGAGGGAGAUCUCAGCAGAGAGCUUCUCAGGCCUGUCCUCACUACUGCGCCUCCACCUGGAUCACAACCGGCUGCAGUUCCUGCACCCCCAGGCCCUGCUCUGCCUCCCCAACCUCAGACUGAUCCGACUGCAGGGGAACAGGCUCCACCAGCUGCACCCCCAGGCCUUCUGCACUCUAUCCCUGCUGCAGACAUUCUGCUACUCCACCCUCAGGUGGGUUUUCUUUUGCCUUAAUUGUGCAUUUAUUAAUCUAUUCACUCUUAGUCUUAGGUCACACCUAACAGUAGUGCACUAGAGUAGUGCACUACUUAGGGAAUAGGGUGUCAUUUGUGACUGGACUAUCCCUCUCCUCUCCCAAGGCAUCUGGAUGUGUCCAACAACAGUCUGACUAUCCUGCCUAGGGACACACUGAGGACUGCCCCUCUUCUGGAGUCCCUGGCUCUGCAGGCCAACCCCUGGACCUGCGACUGCAGCAUGGCUUGGCUGCAGGCCUGGAGCAUCUCUCACCCAGGUGACUAUCACACUACACUAACCCCUAAUCCUACACAGAGUCUUAGGGAUGUAACAUUCACCAAUAUGCAUCGGUCGCCAGUCAUAUUAGUCCGCGGGAUCCCAAACCAUAGCUGUGGGAAGAUAUUUGAGGAUGGGGGUGCUACAGACGGCUAUAUUGACGCACUACAGAUGGCUAUAUCGGUCCGCUAACAUAGGACUAGUAAAAGCCAGUGCACUACUUUAGUCUUUUUAUUUUUUUAAUAUUUUUUUUUAUUCAGAUUUCUUAGUGGGUGCUGCAGCACCGUCAGCACCCCUACUUCCCACGGCUAUGCCUCAAACCGAUCCAAUUGUAACAUUUUUGCCUCAAAUUACUUUCUUUCUACCUUCCGAAAAACCUCUCAUCUUUUGUGACAACUGAGUCAUUCCACCUCAAAAAGCACAAGAAAGAGGAUUUCGACAACCACCAUCUCAGAUUGUUCUGAAAUCAUUUCUGUUAGAAAGAGAAGAUUAGCAUUCCUGAAACAUUAUUUUGUUUAAAUAUAAUUUGAUCUCUGAGAAAUUAAGCUAAUUGAUUGCACCCAAAUUCGCAAUUUUAAUUUAAAGGAUUCAUAUCAGAGGAGGAUGGUGGGAGGAGCUAUAGGAGGAUGGGCUCAUUGUAAUGGUUGGAAUGGAAUUAAUGGAACGGUAUCAAACGUUUGACUCCGUUUCAUUUAUUCCAUUCCAGUCAUUACAAUGAGCCCCUCAUCCUAUAGCUCCUCCCACCAGCCUCCUCUGUUUCACAUACUCUUCAAUAAAUAUAGAAGUAAUCCCACCCUAACAAAUCAAAUCAAAUCAAAUCCAAUUGUAUUGGUCACAUGCGCCGAAUACAACAGGUGCAGACAUUACAGUGAAAUGCUUACUUACAGCCCUUAACCAACAGUGCAUUUAUUUUUAAUAAAUAUAAAACAACAACAAAAAAAGUGUUGAGAAAAAAAGAGCAGAAGUAAAAUAAAAUAACAGUAGGGAGGCUAUAUAUACAGGGGGGUACCGGUGCAGAGUCAAUGUGCGGGGGCACCGGCUAGUUGAGGUAGUUGAAGUAAUAUGUACAUGUGGGUAGAGUUAAAGUGACUAUGCAUAAAUAAUUAACAGAGUAGCAGCAGCGUAAAAAGGAUGGGGUGGGGGGGCAGUGCAAAUAGUCCGGGUAGCCAUGAUUAGCUGUUCAGGAGUCUUAUGGCUUGGGGGUAGAAGCUGUAGACUUGGCACUCCGGUACCGCUUGCCGUGCGGUAGCAGAGAGAACAGUCUAUGACUAGGGUGGCUGGAGUCUUUGACAAUUUUGAGGGCCUUCCUCUGACACCGCCUGGUAUAGAGGUCCUGGAUGGCAGGAAGCUUGGCCCCAGUGAUGUACUGGGCCGUACGCACUACCCUCUUUAGUGGGUGAUGGUGAUUUCAGAUCAAAAGUGGGGGGCACAGCUAAGGUGCCUACAUACACCACAGACAUAUACAUCAUUUACACACAUGCACGCACGCAUUUACAUUUACAUAUACAUCAUUUACACACACACACACACAUGCACGCACCCAUUUACAUUUACAUCAUUUAGCAGACGCUCUUAUCCAGAUGACUUACAAAUUGGAAAACACGCACACACACACACACACACACACACACACACACACACACACAGAAGUCAGCUCAGACAGACUCCCAGCCCUGACCCCAUAUUCGGACCAUGCCCAAUAUGAACUAUCACAAACCACUGAUUCAGACGAUGCCCAGAAACCCCUCAGAGGGAAAUGAGCCCAUACUUUCUUUGCCACUGCUCUGCUCUGUUCUGUUGACAUCAUGCCAUUACAGCAUGCAGGCCAGACAGUCAUACACUAAUAUGAAUUCCAGCAGCAUUUUGGUGGUAACCUCAUAUACAGUGUAUUCGGAAAGUAUUCAGAACCCUUGACUUUUUCCACAUUUUGUUAUGUUAGUCUUAUUCGAAAAUUGAUUAAAUUGUUUUGUUUUUUUCUCAUCAAUCUACACACAAUACCCAUAAUGACAAAGCAAAAACAGUUUUUUAGAAUGUUUUGCAAAUUUAUAAAUAAAAUAAAUAAACUGAAAUAUCACAUUUACAUAAGUAUUCAGACCCUUUACUCAGUACUUUGUUGAAGCACCUUUGGCAGCGAUUACAGCCUUGAUUCUUCUUGGGGAUAAUGCUACAAGCUUGGCACCCCUGUAUUUGGGGCGUUUCUCCCAUUCUUCUCUGCAGAACCUCUCAAGCUCUGUCAGGUUGGAUGGGGAGCAUCACUGCACAUUUAUUUUCAGGUCUCUCAAGAGAUGUUCGGUCGGGUUCAAGUCCGGGCUCUGGCUGGCCCACUCAAGGACAUUCAGAGACUUGUCCCAAAGCCACUCUUGCAUUGCCUUGGCUGUGUGCUUAGGGUCAUUGUCCUGUUGGAAGGUCACCUUCGCCCCAGUCUGAGGUCCUGAGCUCUCUGGAGCAGGUUUUCAUCAAGGAUCUCUCUGUACUUUGCUCUGUUCAUCUUUCCCGAGAUCCUAACUAGUCUCCAGUCCCUGUCGCUGAAAAACAUCCCCACAGCAUGAUGCUGCCACCACCAUUCUUCACAGUAGGGAUAGUGCCAGGUUUCCUCCAGACGUGACGCUUGGCAUUCAGGCCAAAGAGUUCAAUCUUGGUUUCAUCAGACCAGAGAAUCUUGUUUCUCGUGGUCUGAGAGUCCGUCUACCAUAAAGGCCUGAUUGGUGGAGUGCACUGUAUCUGAGAGAGAGAGAGAGAGAGAGAGAGAGAUAAAGAAAGGAGACACACCCACCCAGCCCUGAGAACAACAGCCGCUGUACAUACAGUGAGGGAAAAAAGUAUUUGAUCCCCUGCUGAUUUUGUACGUUUGCCCACUGACAAAGAAAUGAUCAGUCUAUAAUUUUCAUGGUAGGCAGAAUAACAAACAAAAAAUCCAGAAAAACGCAUGUCAAAAAUUGUAUAAAUUGAUUUGCAUUUUAAUGAGGGAAAUAAGUAUUUGACCCCCUCUCAAUCAGAAAGAUUUCUGGCUCCCAGGUGUCUUUUAUACAGGUAACGAGCUGAGAUUAGGAGCACACUCUUAAAGGGAGUGCUCCUAAUCUCAGCUUGUUACCUGUAUAAAAGACACCUGUCCACAGAAGCAAUCAAUCAAUCAGAUUCCAAACUCUCCACCAUGGCCAAGACCAAAGAGCUCUCCAAGGAUGUCAGGGACAAGAUUGUAGCCAUACACAAGGCUGGAAUGGGCUACAAGACCAUCGCCAAGCAGCUUGGUGAGAAAGUGACAACAGUUGGUGCGAUUAUUCGUAAAUGGAAGAAACACAAAAGAACUGUCAAUCUCCCUCGGCCUGGGGCUCCAUGCAAGAUCUCACCUCGUGAAGUUGCAAUGAUCAUUAGAACGGUGAGGAAUCAGCCCAGAACUACACGGGAGGAUCUUGUCAAUGAUCUCAAGGCAGCUGGGUCCAUAGUCACCAAGAAAACAAUUGGUAACACACUACGCCGUGAAGGACUGAAAUCCUGCAGCGCCCGCAAGGUCCCCCUGCUCAAGAAAGCACAUAUACAGGCCCGUCUGAAGUUUGCCAAUGAACAUCUGAAUGAUUCAGAGGAGAACUGGGUGAAAGUGUUGUGGUCAGAUGAGACCAAAAUCAAGCUCUUUGGCAUCAACUCAACUCGCCGUGUUUGGAGGAGGAGGAAUGCUGCCUAUGACCCCAAGAACACCAUCCCCACCGUCAAACAUGGAGGUGGAAACAUUAUGCUUUGGGGGUGUUUUUCUGCUAAGGGGACAGGACAACUUCACUGCAUUAAAGGGAUGAUGGACGGGGCCAUGUACCAUCACAUCUUGGGUGAGAACCUCCUUCCCUCAGCCAGGGCAUUGAAAAUGGGUCGUGGAUGGGUAUUCCAGCAUGAUAAUGACCCAAAACACACGGCCAAGGCCACAAAGGAGUGGCUCAAGAAGAAGCACAUUAAGGUCCUGGAGUGGCCUAGCCAGUCUCCAGACCUUAAUCCCAUAGAAAAUCUGUGGAAGGAGCUGAAGGUUCGAGUUGCCAAACGUCAGCCUCGAAACCUUAAUGACUUGGAGAAGAUCUGUAAAGAGGAGUGGGACAAAAUCCCUCCUGAGAUGUGUGCAAACCUGGUGGCCAACUACAAGAAACGUCUGACCUCUGUGAUUCCCAACAAGGGUUUUGCCACCAAGUACUAAGUCAUGUUUUGCAGAGGAGUCAAAUACUUAUUUCCCUCAUUAAAAUGCAAAUCAAUUUAUAACAUUUUUGACAUGCGUUUUUCUGGAUUUUUUUGUUGUUAUUCUGUCUCUCACUGUUCAAAUAAACCUACCAUUAAAAUUAUAGACUGAUCAUUUCUUUGUCAGUGGGCAAACGUACAAAAUCAGCAGGGGAUCAAAUACUUUUUUCAAUAAUGGAACACUGGUAAUGUUUACAUACUGUUUUACUCAUUUCAUAUGUACUGUAUUCUAGUCAAUGCCAUCCCAUUCAACUAACGCUGUAUAUAUACUAUUCUAUCCUAUGUAUUCUACAGAUAUACUAAAUAUUCUAUCCACAUAAUGUCUAUACACACACACACACACAGAAGUCAGCUCAAACAGAUCCAGCUCAGAGGCCCAGCUCAUGACUUCCAUCAGCAGCAGAUUUGAAUUUAGAAUGGAAAAUGAAUGUGUUUAUGCAAGAAAUUUUAGUGCAUCAAACUGUAUCACAUCAAUCUGAAUCACAUCGAUUCAUUCCUCUAAUCAAACCGAAUCACACUGAAUCGUUUGAAAAUAAAACGUAUCGUUCCUGUACCGUAUCGGAGCCCAUGUAUCUAGAUACUUGUAACGUAUACGCAGGGAGUCAGGAAGCAGGUGCAGAAGGUGAGUUUAAUAAUAAUAAUCAUCAUCAUCAUCAUGAAGAUAAUGAAAAACAGGAGAAGCAUACUGAACGUCACCAAAACCAAUACUGCCUGAUGACAGAGGCUACUGAGGGCUAUAUGAAGGGAGAGUAAUCAGGGUGGUGAUGAAGUCCAGGUGUGCGUAACGAUGGGGAGCAGGCAUGCGCAAUGACGGUUGCCAGGUGUGCAAAAUGUGGGUUGCCAGGACUGGUGGUUAGUAGACCGGCGAAGUCAAAACGCCAGAGGGAGGGAGCCGGAGUAGGCGUGACAAUACGUAUCGAGUAUUCAUGAAAGGGAAAGAUGCAAAUCAAAUUCAGAUAUGUUUAUCCCCGUUUCGUUCCAUUUGCUUCCAUUUAAGAAACAUUUUUCAACAGAAUCGGUGGAAUGAAUACACCUCUGAUCACGUGUAAACACAGUUCACUUUCAUAGCAGCCACGUUGUAUUUCUUCUCGCAUCUAUGUGGUCUCCUCCUCUCACCUUUUCCCUUCGCUUGUGGACUUCAAUGCACAACACAUCAGCUGUAUGUGACCAGGCGAAAAAACCUUUCUAAGCCAAACCAUAUCAUAACCGCUACACACAGCCUACAUCGUUGACACCAUAUUACCUAAAGAAACGUCAUAGUCAACAUAGCUAAUAGAACUAACGUGUUAGUAAACCCGCCACAAUCAUGCAGUAACGUUACAGUGUACAGUCAGUAAGCAGUUUAGCACUUACACCGGUGGGCCCCAGUGGCAAUACAUUUGUAAAACCAAAAGCUUACCUUGACUUGGAAGAGUUCCAGUGUUGUGUUGGAUAGUCAUAGCCAGCUAGCUAACAUAGCAUCCCUCUGUUUGAGCAGGGUGUUGGAGUAGGCUAAACUAGCUAGCUGCAUUAGUGAAGUGAAACUGAAAGUGAAAAAAAUACGAAAUUUCUCUAUCUCUCUCUUGCUUCUCCUUCAUUUUGGAAUAGAUACAUUUGUUCAAAACUGUUCAACUAUUGUUUUUGUCUCUCUUUGAGUCAACUACUCACCACAUUUUAUGCACUGCAGUGCUAGCUAGCUGUAGCUUAUGCUUUCAGUACUAGAUUCAUUCUCUGAUCCUUUGAUUGGGUGGACAACAUGUCAGUUCAUGCUGCAAGAGUUCUGAUAGGUUGGAGGACGUCCUCUGGAAGUUGUCAUAAUUACUGUCUAAGUCUAUGGAAGGGGGUGAGAACCUUGAGCCUCCUAGGUUUUGUACUGAAGUCAAUGUACCCAGAGGAGGACGGAAGCUAGCUGUCCUUCGGCUACACCAUGGUGCUACCCUACAGAGUGCUGUUGAGGCUACUGUAGACCUUCAUUGCAAAACAGUGUGUUUUAAUCAAUUAUUUGGUGAGGUGAAUAUAUUUAGUAUAGUUUUAUCUAAAACUGAUGUUAAAUGUUUUACAAUUUUAAAUUUUUAUGGAAUUCACUGAGGAGGAUGGUCCUCCCCUUCCUCCUCUGAGGAGCCUCCACUGCUACCUACUGAGUCUCAAUCAGAAUCAAUUGAAUUGGGAUGCUUAUUUGGGUGAGGAAAUACUGAUUCUUCUCUUCUCUCUCAGGGGUGUUGAAAUGUCCGGGGCCGCAGUGCCCGGUCUGUGCCUCACCCAAACACAUGAAGGGUUGUGGCCUUUUGCAGCAGAAAGACCUAUCCUGCACCCCGCCUGUAAUCUCCACCAAUCCCAGAGCCUCAUCUCAGGAGGAUGGCGAAGUUCAACCAAUAGAAACUUUUAGAGAAGCUUUAGGCGAUGCCUCCCUGGGGAUGUCCGACCAACAGGGGAAUGCCGUUGAUCUGAAGUGUAACAUCACACACUCCUCACAGACUCCUGACAUUACCUCACCACACCUUUCCUCCUCCUCCAUCCCCCUCUCCCUCUCCCUCUCUCUCUCCCUCUCUCUGGACUGUGGGGUGGAUGUGCACAGCUAUGAGAGGCUGUGGAGGCUGCUGGCCUACUACAGUGAGACGCCUGUCAGGCUUCAGAGAGAAAUCAUGUUGAGUAAAGCCCCAAGACUUGCCUACAGGUAUGAAAAUACAUAAACACACAAGACACAAUCCUGUGUUAUUAUCCUCUUUACCUGUACAAUUUUGUUUUAACCCUAACACAUAGAUCAAAUCUGUCCUUUCUUGUCCUUCAGGUACAGACAGACAGCAGAGAAGGAGGGCUACUACCAUACAGGGGUCAAGGCCAAUCUCCAAGCUCAGCCUGCCUGGUUACUGCAGCCCCAUGUCAGUCUAGAGCUCAACAGAGCUCAGUCCAGUGCCCACAGGGUUAAACUGACCCUGUCCACCCUGGUAUCUGCCCCCCCAGACCCCCCAUCCCCACACUCCUGGGUCCUCAUCCAGACCAACCACACCCACACAGCUUUUACUGCAGCUGCAGACAGCCAGAUCCACCUGCCCUGCCCUGUCCUCAGCUCUAUUGCAGACCUAAGCUCUCGAGACCCCAGGCUCCAAUGGGUUUUCCCAGAUGGUUCAACAGUCUCCUCUCCCUACCGCAGCUCAGAUGGUAGGAUCCGGGUGUCUGGCCAGGGGCUGGUCCUGCAGAGAGUGGAUCACUCUGAUGCUGGACUGUACUACUGCGUGGCCCGGGCGGGGGGAGAUGUUGAUGUUCUCCCCCUCCGUCUGGCGGUGGUAGAAUCAUCCAACCCUCCCCCAGGGGAGGAGCUUGGCCCUGCUGUGACUGGAUUGGUUGGAGACCCUGUCAGUCUGCCGUGCGAGGCCUCUGGUACACCGAGGGUUGAGGUGAACUGGGUUCUUCCUGGCGGGAGAGUGGUAGGGAGUAGGAACAAGGGGAGGAGAAAGGGGGCGGCAGGGGUGAAUGUCUUGGCCAACGGUACCCUGUCUCUCCCCCUCCCUGCGCUGGGAGACGCAGGCCUGUACCGGUGUGUAGCGGUGAACCUGCACGGUGUUGACUCUCUCUCCACCAGACUGACGCUCAUCCCGCAUCCUUCUGACACCUCAUCACGCAUGAGAUAUCCCAUGAGGCCACAAUCUGCGUUGGGGGUGUCCAACAGGGUACCAGCCCCUUUGAGUGAGGAGGUUGAAGAGGGGGGGUCAGGAGAUGACGAGGGGGAGGAGGAGAACAUGCUGCCCACCAGGGCAGGUUACAACAGGACACGGCGCCCCCCCAUCAGAUCCCACACGGUGAGGAUGGAGGGAAGCAGACCACCCCAAAAGGGCAAGAGGCCCUUGAGGAGAGGCUUCCCUGUGGAGCAGAGGAGGAACAGGCUGGAGGGCCGGCGGAGCUUUAACCUGGCCAAGCACAAGAUAGACCCUCAGAAAUGGGCCGACCUGCUGGCUAAGAUACGUGAAAGGACUGCCCCUAAAGACUCCCUGUAUGUACCACCCCCAACGAGAUCACAUACUAUCACCUCAGCCCCAACUGAAGCACAGACAACCACCCCAACUGAAGCACAGACAACCACCUCAACCCCAACUGAAGCACAGACAACCACCUCAUCCCCAACUGAAGCACAGACAACCACCUCAUCCCCAACUGAAGCACAGACAACCACCUCAACCCCAACUAGAGCACAGUCAACCAGAAUACAGACAGAUAGCAGACAUAAAGAAAGCAAUGACACAACCAGAACGCAGACAACCAGAACAAAUCCAGGCAGCACACAGCCAGAAAGUACACAGACAACCAGAAGAAAGCCAGGCAGCACACAGCCAGGCAGCACACAGCCAGACAGAAUACAGACCGAGAGAAUACAGACAACUAAAACACAGACAACCAGAAUACAGCCAGACACCACACUACCAAACAGCACACCAGAGGUAACAGUGGGAAGAAACUCAGAUCAACGUCCUGUAUUGGACUCAGAGGCUGAUUCCUCAAAGAGUUCUUCCAUAGAUGUCCCCAGUCUACAGGAAGAGGGGUUAAACGCCGUCCACACAUCACUAUUCCCAGACCUGCUAACAAAGGAUAGAGUGGCCCCAGAGACACCAAACACUGCAGAUCCGAGCAAUAACUUCCCUCAGACCCCUCAGUCAAACACAGAAACAGAGACAGGGACAGAAACAGAGACAGAGAGUUCUCCUAAAAGCACAAAGCCAACCUACAAUGUCAAUGACAUUAGCACAGAGGAAAGGAGACAGAGUGUUACUCCUGUAAGGACCACAGGUGAGGGGGAGAGGACUGGAACACCAAACUCUGGAAAGGUAAUAUUCUCCAAUUCUGAUCCGUCACGACCCAGAAGCCCCUGGAAUGCCAGCAAUAGGCCUGGCCAGAGGAGACGCAUCAACAGACCCAGAGGACGACCCACGCCCCGCCAGAGCACCCCAGGUCCAACCUCCCCUCGCCAGAAUACCCUAAGUCCCACUACCACCAGAGCAGCACUUACAAAGCCCAGCGAACUGCCAGUAGCUACUACUACCAUUACUAUAAGCACUAUUACAACUACAACUACUACUCCAUCCUCUACUAGGAUCACUGCUCCAUCAAGCACAUCUGUCUCCCCCCCUGCCUCCCUUCCUGCCUUGCCCCCUUUGCCCCAGACACACACAGACAGGGUGACUCACUCAGCAAACACUGCUGCUCGGCUCCCUGACAGGUCCCAAACGACUAUCACACACACAGGCAAACAUACACCCACAGUUACUCACAGUCACACAGAAAAACAGAGUUAUGCUGAAACAGAGGGUCAGGUCGGGGCCACUCCAAAAGAGCAGGAUCCAUCUGUCUUCAACCAACACAACCCAGAGGAUGUCAAAGCAACAUCCCCUCGGUCUGGAACCACACCAGGUGGAACAACACCUACUGGUACUGAGAAAGAACCCAGUGAGAUAGAAUCCAGUGAAAUAGAACCACUCUACCCAGAAACUGAGGAAGAACUCAGUGAGAUAGAACCACCAGCAACUGAUGAAGAAGAACCCAGUGAGAUAGAACCACCAGCAACUGAUGAAGAAGAUCCCAGUGAGAUAGAACCACCAGCAACUGAUGAAGAAGAACCCAGUGAGAUAGAACCACCAGCCUCUGAAGAAGAACCCAGUGAGAUAGAACCACCAGCAACUGAUGAAGAAGAACAAAGUGAGAUAGAACCACCAGCAACUGAUGAAGAACCCAGUGGGAUAGAACCACCAGCAACUGAUGAAGAACCCAGUGGGAUAGAACCACCAGCAACUGAUGAGGAUCCCAGUGAGAUAGAACCACUCUACCCAACCACUGAUGAAGAACCCAGUGUAAUAGAGGGUGUCAAAGCAACUCCCCCUCAGUCUAGAACAACCACACCAGGCAGAACAACACCUACUGGCACUGAGAAAGAACCCAGUGAGAUAGAACCAGUCUACCCAGCCACUGAGGAAGAACCCAGUGAGAUAGAACCACCAGCCAUGGAUGAAGAACCCAGUGAGAUAGAACCACUAGCAACUGAUGAAGAACCCAGUGCGAUAGAACCACUAGCAACUGAUGAAGAACCCAAUGAGAUAGAACCACCAGCAACUGAUGAAGAAGAACCCAGUGAGAUAGAACCACUAGCAACUGAUGAAGAAGAACCCAGUGAGAUAGAACCACCAGCAACUGAUGAAGAACCCAGUGAGAUAGAACCACCAGCAAGUGAUGAAGAACCCAAUGAGAUAGAACCAGCAGCCACUGAAGAAGAACCCAGUGAAAUAGAACCAUCAGCAUCUGAUGAAGAACCCAGUGAGAUAGAACCACUCUACCCAAUCACUGAGGAAGAACCCAGUGAGAUAGAACCAGUCUAUCUAGCACCUGAUGAACCAGAGGAGAGACAGCCAGAGUCAGACAUAGACAGCUCUUUUUCAUCUACAAAACAACUACUGCCCCCAACUACAGCUAAUACAGCAGCUACCACUGCUUCAGCCAUCACCUCCUCUACAGUCAUCACCUUUAUUAGAAGAACUACCACUAUAACUAUUCCUACAACUACAACUACUACCACUAGUCCUACAACUGCUACCGCUAUUCCUACAACUACUGCCACUAUUCCUACAACAACUGUUUCUACAACUACCACUACUAUUCCUACAACUACUACCACUAUUUCUACAACUACUACUACUAUACCUACAACUACUAUUUCUACAACUACUACUACUACUACUACUACUACUACUACUACUACUACUAUUCCUACUACUAUUCCCACUACUACUACCACUCCUACUAGUACAACAGUCUGGAGGAAACCAAGAGUAAACUCCAUCUCAGACUCACAUGGUAGUCGCUACCGCCCCCCAUCUUACCCCACCUACUCACAACACUCCAGCAGCCGGCACCCCUAUGUCAUCACUAGGCCUGACCCAGUCAGAACUCCACUUCAAACUCCACCCCCUAUAAAACACGCACCCUCUCUACCACACCCUGUCAAGCCAAAACUUCUUCUCCCAGAUGUUUUAGAGACCCCUUCCUCUGCAGUCCCCACCAACAGAGCUCCCUCCAGCCCCCCAAAGGCCUCCCCACCCACCACAGGCACUCAGGCUGGGCUCAACCCUGCCUCCACCCCUCCUCAUUCCCUUCCGGCGUCUCCAGACCGUAGUAUGACUGCCCAACGCCCCCCUCAGACCUCCGUCUUGCGUGUCCGGCCCCGUAUCGCUCCCCCUCACAUGCGCCCCAUGUCUGUCCCAGCUGAGAUUGAUGCCCUCCUGCCCUGCGAGGCCAUUGGACAGCCUCCUCCAACAAUCACCUGGACCAAGGUCUCCACAGGUACGCUAUACACUCUACUCUCAGUUAUACACACAAUACAUGCUACUGUCACUCACAUACACACAAUAUGUACUUUGUCAUACACACACGUUACUCAAUACACUCACUACUGUCACUCUUACACACAAUAUGUACUUUGUCAUACACACACGUUACUCAAUACACUCACUACUGUCACUCACAUACACACAAUAUGUACUUUGUCAUACACACGUUACUCAAUACACUCACUACUGUCACUCACAUACACACAAUACGCCACUCAAUAUGUAUUUCUGUCUGUCCUAGGAGCUGUGAUGUCACUGGACUCCAAGGCAGAGCGUUUCCAGGUCCUACCCAACGGAACCUUUCUCAUCCGGAGUGUGCAGGUCCAGGACCGGGGGACAUAUAUCUGCAGCGCACAGAACUCUGUGGGCCUGGACCGUGCCAUGGUGACCCUGGAGGUCUGGUCCCGCCCACCCCACAUUCAGCUACCCAACCACAGAGAUGCAACGGUGCACCAGGGGGGUGAGGUGAGGUUGGAGUGUCGGGCUCAGGGGGUGCCGGUCCCUCUGCUGUCCUGGGUGCUACCUGACCGCUCCGUCCUAACCCCCGACCCUAACCCCAACCCUGCCCUUGGCCCUCACUCCCGGGUGUCUAUAUUCCCUAAUGGUACUCUGCGUAUCUUGGUGGCCGGCCCAGCAGACAGAGGACUGUAUCGCUGUGUAGCCUCCAACCCAUCAGGGGCUGGCAGUCUGUCAGUCCGACUCCAUGUGUCCUCCCUGCCUCCAGCCAUCCAGCAGCCCAGAGAGGAGAGGAUAACCCGGCCCGCUGGUAUGCCUCUCUACGCCCAAUGCUCUGCCCGGGGAGCCCCCGCUCCCUCCAUCCGCUGGAGGACCCCUGACGGCACCCUUCUGCUCCCAUCUCAAUUCCUCAACGGGAACCUGUUUGUCCUCCCCAAUGCCACCUUGCUGAUACGCAAGCUGGCCACUAAGGACUCUGGGAGCUACGAGUGCCUGGCGACUAAUGCGGUGGGUGGGGAUAAGAGGACGGUGAGGGUGGAGGUGACUGGAGAUGGAGGAGUAGGAGGAGGAGAAAUUGGCUCCACGGAUAAAAUGACCUUCUCUUCCAUUAACAGUAACUUUGAGCUUCCCCCCUCCUCCCCUGUCCUUAACCCUCCCCUCCCACCCUCCUCCCCCCUCAGUAAGGCUAGGAUUCUCUCCACCUCUCCAUCCAGUUCUAUAGUCAUAUAUGGUGAAUCUCUGCUCCUUCACUGUUCAGCAACCGGCAACCCAGAGCCUAGAGUGGUCUGGAGGACACCUGGCAAGAAACUAGUGGAUGCCCACUACAGGUGUGUGUUUGUCCAUAUUGAUUACUGAUCUGUUUUUCUGACAAAACUAUCGGUAGAGUUGAAAAUGCGAUGGAAACACAUUGAACUUUAGAUUGUUAUUCGGUACAUGAAAACUUAAGCGGAAAAGUAUAUUUUGUGUGCACUGUCAUCACGCACUGAUUUUUAUCCGCAACAAGUCCAUUUGGUGGAAACAUGCCACUGCUGGGAAAAUGUACAUAUUUUCUUUAUGCGGAUUCUAGAAUAUUUGCAUGAAAAUCUGUCGCCAAUUGGAUGGAAACCUAGCUACUGUCAUGGAAAGAGCAGUUGUUCCUAAUGUUUUGUACACUCAGUUUCUGUGUCUUGUGCUUAUCUAACCUUAUCCUCUCUGGGUUGUAUUUACAGUUUUGACAAGCGGAUGAAGGUGCACAGUAAUGGAACCCUGUAUAUCCAGUCCGUGACGGAGAAAGACGGGGGGGGCUAUUUAUGUGUUGCGCGAAAUAAGAUGGCUGACGACUACCGCAUCCUCCAGGUCACCGUGGUCACAAAGCCUGCUAAGAUUAAGCCAAAGCAGCCAUCCAAUCAGAAGGUGGUAUCGUAUGGAGCAGCUCUAAAGGUAGACUGUCUGGCGACCGGCCAGCCCGACCCCGCGGUAAGAUGGAGCCUGCCGAAUGGAACCUCAGUGAAAAGUGUCCUGUUGCAGGUGGAAGAGAGAAGGGGGCGCAGUCGGCGACUGGUGGUGUUUGACAAUGGAACACUGUUCCUCCCCUCAGUGGAGAUGGGGCAGGAGGGGGAGUAUGUCUGCCAUGCUGAGAACCAUGGGGGUAGGGACACUAUGAGGGUGAUGGUCAAAGUCCUCACCUCACCCCCCUCCUUCCCCAGCACCAAAUAUGAGGUAAUCAAGGUGCAACAAGGGGGCCAGGUGGCUCUGAACUGUGGGGCCAAAGGACAGCCCGUCCCUACGAUCACAUGGCUCUCUCCAAUGAAUCGUGUCCUCCCAGUGGAAGGAUCAGGUCCGGUUGGGGUGCGGCAAGAUGGGUCCUUGGUGAUCCAGGGGGCUAGAGGGGCUGACGGAGGAAAUUACACCUGCCGAGCCAGCAACGCUGCUGGGGAGAGGAGCAAGGUGAUGGGGGUGGAGGUGAUGGUGACCCCACCCAGCUUUACUCUGAAUGGGGCUGGGGGUGGGAUCAAUGGGGCAGACAGACAGACAGCUGUUGUUAGUGGUAGUGGACUCAGUGCUGUGAUCUCCAUCAGUCAGUCUGCAGGGAGGGAUCAUAGGGUCAGUGCAGGUAAUUGUGUCAAUAAUAAUGGAGACAGGAAUGUAGGGGACCAAAGGGUCUCAGCAGUUAGAGGCCAGACAGUUCUUCUGCCAUGUCCAUCCCAGGGCUUCCCUCCACCCCGCCUGGCCUGGUUGCUGCCCGGUAACGGGGUUCUCCCGGUGCCCUACUAUGGCAGCAGACUCACCGUGCACCGCAAUGGAACCCUGGAGCUGAGGGGGGUGAGGGCAAGCGACGCCGGCAUGUUGGUGUGUGUCAAUCGCAGUGAGAGGGGCGAGGCUCGGAUAAUGGUACACCUGGAGGUCUCAGACACAAAGGACACACCUCACUCCAGAGGCUCAGUGACCACCGAGAAACCUUGCCCUGUAGGCCCAGUCAGCACAGAGCAACUUCGCACAGGAGGCCCAGACACAGAGGAGACACCAAGCCCCAGAGGCCCAGUGACCACAGAGAAAUCUCGCCAGGAGACACCUCGCCCCACAGGUCCAGUCACCACUGAGAAACCUCGCCCCAGAGGCCCAGUGCCAGAGGCAGGAAGGAGUGUCGUCCUGGAAAGGAAGCCUGUGGUCACCAAUAUAUCAGGCUCUCUGGUCAGCAUCAUCAACGGAGAAAAUCUACAGCUACCCUGCCCCCAGACAGACAGCCCCAGUCAGGGCUCCAGCCAGACACAGUCUCUGACCUGGAAGUUGCCCAGCGGGGUGGUCGUGUCUCGGGGCCAGACAGCAGGGACGGGUCGGUACUCAGUCCUGGAUGACGGGACUCUGACGGUGCAGAAGGUGUCUGUGUUCGACAGGGGGACCUACUCCUGCCAAUCCACCAAUCAGGACACGUCGUCUAUCCUGACAGUUCCAGUGAUUGUCAUCGCCUACCCCCCUCGCAUCACCAACGGCCCCCCUCCCCUCACCUACACCCGUCCCGGGGUUGCCGUUCAGCUAACCUGCUACGUCAUAGCAACCCCCCGAGCGACCAUCACCUGGGAGAUGCCAGACCAAUCCCAGCUCAGGGUCACAGGUCAGGCCCGUCUCUAUGGCAACCGGUACCUGAGUCCCCAGGGUUCCCUGGUGAUCCAGAACCCGACCAGCAGAGACACAGGGUUCUACCGUUGUUCUGCAUGGAACGUCAUUGGAGCCGACACCAAGGCCACUUAUCUACAUGUGAUCUAA